CGUAUAAAAGUCAAAAGCCCAAUAAGCAUUUUCCUCUUCUUUCCUUCUCCUUCGGACACAGUCCUCAACGGAUCUCUUCCUUCGUCAGAAAGCAUAAUGGCCGGCCGGUGGUUCCAGUCCUCUUCUCCGGCGACCGACAUGAUCGUCACCAACACUCCGGCGGCGGAGCUCGCUCUUACAAACUUCGCGUACUGCUCCCCCUCCGAUCUCCAGAACUUCUCCGUUCAAGGCACCAAGCUCCAUCUCGCCUCUGUCGGGGACGCCUUCGUCCUCUCCUUGUCUGCUCAUGAUGCUAUUCGUCCUGGUCAUAUUGCAUUAAAUGCUAUCCAAAGGCGGCAUGCCAGAGCUUCUACUGGUGACACGAUCUCUGUCAGUAGAUUUAUUCCUCCCGAAAAUUUCUACUUGGCACUGCUUACACUUGACUUGGAGUUUGUCAAGAGGGGGACCAAAAGUGAAACGAUCGAUGCCGUUCUUCUUGCCAACCAACUCAGAAAGAAAUUUAACAACCAGAUCAUGACAGUAGGGCAAAGAGUGUCUUUUGAGCAUCACGGGAAUAACUACAUCUUCACCGUCAAUCAAGCCGAUGUAGAGGGGCAGGUCAAGUCUGCUCCUGAAAGAGGGAUGAUCUCGAAUGAUACUUAUAUUGUCUUUGAAGCAUCGAAUGCAAGUGGAAUAAAGAUUGUCAAUCAGCGUGAAGCUGCGAGUAGCAACAUCUUUAGGCAGAAAGAAUUCAACCUUCAACAGCUGGGAAUUGGUGGUUUGAGUGAUGAGUUCGCUGAUAUAUUUCGAAGAGCUUUUGCUUCUCGAGUUUUUCCUCCUCAUGUGACAUCCAAGUUGGGGAUUAAGCAUGUCAAAGGUAUGCUGCUGUAUGGGCCACCUGGAACUGGCAAAACUUUAAUGGCUCGUCAAAUAGGAAAAAUGUUGAAUGGCAAGGAGCCAAAGAUUGUGAAUGGCCCUGAAGUCCUCAGCAAGUUUGUUGGUGAAACUGAAAAGAAUGUUAGGGAUCUGUUCGCUGAUGCUGAAAAUGAUCAAAGGGCUCUUGGUGAUCAAAGUGAGCUGCAUGUGAUUAUAUUUGAUGAAAUUGAUGCUAUUUGUAAGUCAAGAGGGUCAACAAGGGAUGGCACAGGAGUUCAUGAUAGCAUCGUGAACCAGCUUUUAACAAAGAUAGAUGGUGUGGAGGCACUGAACAAUGUCUUGCUUAUUGGAAUGACCAAUAGGAAAGAUUUGCUUGAUGAAGCCCUUUUGAGACCAGGACGUUUGGAGGUUCAAGUCGAGAUAAGCCUUCCUGAUGAAAAUGGUCGACUGCAGAUAUUUCAAAUCCAUACUAACAAAAUGAAAGAGAAUUCUUUUCUAGCCCCUGAUGUGAACCUCCAGGAACUCGCUGCUCGCACAAAGAAUUACAGCGGUGCAGAAAUCGAAGGUGUUGUUAAAAGUGCGGUAUCUUUUGCAUUAAAUAGACAGCUAAGUCUUGAUGAUCUUACUAAGCCUGUGGAUGAAGAGAGUAUAAGAGUUACAAUGGACGAUUUCCUGAAUGCACUUCAUGAAAUUGUUCCUGCAUUUGGAGCCUCCACUGAUGACUUGGAAAGAUGCAGGCUUAAUGGGAUGGUUGAAUGUGGUAAUCGACUUAAGCAUAUUUAUGAAAGAGCUAUGCUGCUGGUUGAACAAGUCAAAGUGAGCAAAGGAAGCCCCCUUGUAACUUGCCUUCUAGAGGGUCCGAGUGGAAGUGGUAAAACUGCAUUGGCUGCUACAGUGGGCAUUGAUAGUGAUUUCCCCUAUGUCAAAAGGGUUUCGGCUGAAUCGAUGAUUGGUCUUCAUGAAAGCACGAAGUGUGCCCAAAUCAUCAAGAUUUUUGAGGAUGCAUACAAGUCACCGUUGAGCAUCAUCAUCCUUGAUGACAUAGAAAGGUUAUUGGAGUAUGUUGCUAUUGGACCUCGCUUCUCGAAUUUGAUUUCGCAGACAUUAUUGGUCCUUCUCAAAAGGCUUCCGCCUAAGGGCAAAAAACUAUUGGUGAUAGGCACGACUAGUGAAGUGAACUUCUUAGAUUCAAUUGGUCUUUGUGAUGCUUUCUCCGUCACAUACCAUGUUCCGUUAUUAAAGACCGAGGAUGCUGAAAAGGUGCUGAAGCAGCUUGAUGUCUUUGCUGAAGAGGACAUCCAGGCAGCUGCAGAAGCUUUGAAUGAUAUGCCCAUCAAAAAGCUCUACAUGUUGAUAGAGAUGGCAGCACAAGGCGAAAGAGGCGGAGCCUCAGAUGCUAUCUUCUCUGGGAGGGAGAAGAUCAAGAUCUCUCAUUUCUAUGAUUGCCUUCAGGACAUUGUUCGGUACUAAAACCCACACAAGUCAAGGGAGCUUCUGUCAUUCCAGAGAGCUAGAGUGCAGUUUUUUCACGAGAUUGUCUCAUAGUUGAGUCUCUUUCCUUUUCUCCUUUCCCUUUAUUCUUUUCAAUUCGCUUAUUUUCCUGGGACUCUUUUUUGGUACCAGUAUCUCAAGCUGGGUUCUGCAGGUGCUGCUAGUUUUCAGAAAUGCCCCUUAUUGCAUUUCAAUCUCUACUUUAACGGUAUCAAGGGGUUGGUUUUCGGGCUAAUAUCGUUGGGUUUGUUUUUGGGAUUGAUCGCUUUAUACCAUACUAUAAUAUUUGUAACUACAUCAAUUUAUUAUAGUUAGACGGAUGACAGAUAUUCAGUAUUUAAUAGUAACGUUAUACAGUAUUUAAUAAUGAAAUCGUAGCUUGGUCCA